UUAUUUUUUUUUAAUUUCAAAGAAAUGGCCACCAUAAUUGUUAGCAACUUUGCUGCAGUGUUGACUAAGGCAAAUUUGAAGGGUUCAAACAAAGUUCAAUCAUCCAAAGUUCUUAGAUUGCCUGUGAUGGCAACAAAUGGUAGGGCUAGGUGCAGUCUAGAGCAGAAGUCAUCUUCAAACAGGCUGAGCUCGAACCCCAGCAUGGUGGCAUCAAUGAUGGCGACAGCAGCAGCAGCGAUGACAACGGCUGCUGCACCGGCAAUGGGGUUGGUGGAUGAGAGACUUUCUAUGGAAGGAACAUGA